AUGGCUGACAGAUUCCCAUCGUUGGAGGACUUCGACUCCGGCGCCCAGACCGGCGUCCAGGAUGCCUCCGAGGUUCCCACAACCAGCAACUUCCUAGAGCGCGAGAAGGCCAUUCUCGGUGACGAUGCCAACCAGUUCGCGACAGUCGAGGACGCCGGCUUCGACGAGGAUGACGACGACCUGCUAGGAGGCGGCAUCUCUGCCACCGGCAAUAACAGUGCUGCGUUUGAUAGCCAAUUCCCUGACAUCACCAGCCCAAAUGAGGGCCUCACACCCCCCGCCGGAACCACCACCAUCACCGGUCCCUCCGUCAGCUACAACUCCGGCUACAACGCUUACGCCCAAGAGGAGGAGGAGCCCCAAGUGAUUAAGGAGUGGAGGGAGAAGCGGGACGCCGGCAACGCCAAGCGGGCAGAGCAGUUCGCCCAGCAGCGCGCCGAGACGGUCAAGGAGGCCCAGCAGAACAUCGAUGACUUCUACGAGAACUACAACAACAAGAAGGAGAAGACCAUUGCCCAGUCAAGGAAGGAGGCUGAGCAGUUCCUGGCCAGCCGUGAGGACACCACAUCGGGCGGCACCAGCUGGGAGCGCAUCGCCAAGAUCGUCGAUGUGAGCGGCAAGGGCGCGAAGGGUGGUGCUUUGGGCUCUGGCAAGGAACGAUUCAGGGAGUUGCUGGUCAGCUUGCGCAAGGACGAGAAGGCCCCCGGUGCUGAGGGUUAUUAA